GCAGGACAGAGAGGAGGCACUGAAGAGGGGCCAGUUCUUCCUCAGCAGUCGCCUGGGAGGCCUGGUCUAGUAUCAUUGGGGGAACCACACACAUCCUAGACUGGACUGUUCCGGGCAUCCAGUGUUGGACUAGCAACAGAGAAAAUGGCUGGGGUCGGUGGCGAUCGGAAGGGGAAAAAAGACGACAAUGGGAUCGGCGGCGCCAUCGACUUUGUGCUGUCCAACGCCAAGCUGGUGCUGGGAGUCGGGGGGGCAGCUAUGCUGGGCAUCGCCACGCUGGCCGUGAAGAGGAUGUAUGACCGAGCUAUAAGUGCUCCCACCAGCCCAACCAAGAUGGACCAAUUGGGUAAGAGGAGCUGGGAGGAGCCUAGCUGGUUGGGGUCGUCACCACGGUUACUGAACUCCGACAUGAAGUCGACGGUCAGUCGGUCGCUGCAGACCCUGCCCACGUCCUCGAGCGCCUUUGAGCCAGACUACAGACGGCGGCGGCCGGCGAGAGGCUCCGCCUCCGGUCAGGCGGAGCUGCGGCACGCCCGCAUGCGGCUCUCGCUGCAGGAGCAGCUGUGGUCUUUCUACAGGCGGCGCGUGGCCAUUCCCAGCGAGGAGCAGGCCACCGCACGCAGAGCUGCGCUGGACAUCUGCGCCGAGCUGCGUGCCUUCCUGCGUGCCAAGAUGCCCGACAUGCCACUGCGGGAGAUGUACCUCAGUGGCAGCCUGUAUGACGACCUGCAGGUGGUGACCGCUGACCAUGCACAGCUGAUGGUCCCCUUGGUCCUUGAGAAGAACCUGUGGUCUCCGGUCCCGGGGGAAGAUACCAUCAUGAAUGUGCCUGGCUUCUGGCUGGUCCGCCGGGAGAACCUGGAGUACUUCCCCCGGGGUAGCAGCUACUGGGACCGCUGCGUCGUCGGGGGCUACCUGUCCCCUAAGGCCGUGCUGGAGACGUUCGAGAAGCUGGUGGCAGGCUCCAUCAACUGGCCGGCCAUCGGCAGCGUGCUGGACUACGUCAUCCGGCCGGUGGUGCCCACGGAGACGCUGAGUCUCGAGGUGCAGUACGAGACCGACCGGCGGCUCUAUGUGGACUUCCUGCCAUUGCUGGUCAUGGAGGACGGCGUCUCGCUCAUCGCCAAGCCGCACCGCUGGGCUGAGCGCCACGAGAACCUCUGGCGGCAGAGCUUCCGGGCGGCGGAGACGGCCAAACUGCGUGCCCUCGACCAGGAGGAUGCCGGUUGCCGCUGCCUGUGCCUCAAGGUGGCCAAGGCCGUGUGCCGGCUGAACCCGGCCCUGUGCCGCCUCUCGUCCAGCCAACUGACCAACGCUCUAUUGCUGCUCAGCGAGGCCGACGGCGACUGGACUCAGGAUGCGCUGGCUGACCGCUUCCUGGAGCUGCUGCGCGCAUUAGUGGGACACCUAGAGGCUGGGAGGCUACCCUGUGCCCUCAGUCCCAAGGUCAACCUCUUCUGCGAGCUGACUGCUGAGGAGGUGGACGAAUUGGGCUACACGCUCUACUGCGCUUUGUCCAACCCCGAGACCCUGCUGAGGACCGCUUAAGCUGGGGCUGCCAUUAGCCAGCAUCAAGCUAACUGCUGGUCCUGCGUACGGUCUUGUGAAGGCCUCACGCCCUGUGGCCUCACACCCUGACCCAAUAGCGCCGUGUGGUAAUAUGCCUCACUCUUCGGUUUCCUUUGCCCUCAGUCCCUUGACUCUUCUGUCAGUCUUCCGUUGGCCUGAUGAAGAAGGAUCCUCUCACAGCCCCUCUGUCGAGACGUGUGAUUGGCUCCUCCGCUGGAAUUACACACCCAACCAAUAAAAUCAAAUAUAUGAAUGAUUUUCACUUUUAUUCUGUUUGGAUUUUCCUCCUUUAUGCCUGGGAUCCUCUUCUCCAUCCUCCACCUGCAACGAGGAGGUAGGAUGAUUUACUCGUGACCUAGCAGGACUUUAUGUCUCAGGGCGUCGUGUUCAGAGGGCCCCCAUUGCAGGGGGGAGGUCAGGAGAGUAAAGCCAUGUGUCUGCAGUCUGUCACCUGGGCUCCCUCGCAGAGCCAUGUCCGACAUGCACAGAAAUUGUGUGUGUGGGCGUGUCUCUGCCCUGCCAGUUUGCGCCUUCCCUCUCCAGCUCUGAUUUCCUAGAUUUCCACAUGAUCCCUGACCCGCGUAGCGAAACAGUGUUUGUCUUCAGUGUGUGUCGAUAGCAGUGUUUUCUCUCUGCUGUUAGUCUCGCCGGGUGUCACGUUCCCAUAUAUCUUGACACCGCGUUGCUGACGAAGCUUGACAACCAGACAAAAAGAAACAGUAAAGCUGAUAGAGGUGUGAGUGGGUGGGCGAUUGUUUUACCUGAGGUGGGCUACAGUGUUUUUUUUUUUUUUUCUUGGGCGGAACCAGGAUUUAUUUUAAAACCAAAUAGACCAUGGAGAUUUGCGUGAGAAUCAUCUCUUUGGUGGGGGGGGGGUUCAGGAAGGUACGAGGUCUUUGUGUGUGUGUGUGUGUGUGUGUGUGUGUGCGUGCGUGCGAAGAGAGAUAAGGAGACAGAAGAGGAUGUUUGUGGUCAGCGGUGAGAUUCUGCACUUGUGAAACGGCGAUCCAGCAAGGCCCGCCAUGCUGGCUGUGAGACCCGGCCCGGCCCGCCGUGCUGGCUGUGAGGCCUCCAUCAUCUAACCGUUUGCACGCAGGCUUCUUGUUAUCCGCACCUCUGACCACUGUGUCUCAUCCUUUCACUAAAGCACUAUAAGAGCUUUUUAUUUACUUUUUAUGGUGACUUUUCUGGCAAGUAAUGAAAUUUAAUAAAGUGUACAAUAAAUCUACAGACUCUAGUAUUUUUCUAUUUAUUGUAUGGAUGUAGCCAGUAUGUCACCAACGUAACCAUGUGGAACUGCGUGACGGGGAAAUUUGCACGAACUCGGACAUGUUUUGAGAACUUGUGUCCUUCGCAGACUUUCUGCUUUUGACUCAUUCUGAUGUGUCUGUGGCCGGAGCUCCAGUCACGUGUCGCCCUGCAUGCUUUUUAUCUGAAGCUUCUUACUGAAGCCCCGAUUCAUUAAUGUCAGGUCAGAACAGCUCUUUGGGGUGCCGGCCUGUAGAGGGCGGUAGCUUCUGUUUGUCCAGCUAGGACAUUUUGAUGACUGCAUGAGACGUGUGUCUUGGUUAAAUGGUCACAUCCUGCUAGCUUCCAGGAAGCCCCAGAGCAGCGAUAAGGGUCACGUGUCAGACUUGCACCGGCCUUUAAAUCUUAGCCUUGUUUUUGUCCUGAAAAUAAAGGUGCUCUUAUGCUGUAGUUUUAAAUAUGUAUACAUUUUUUGGCAAAAACCUCGUCAGCCCACAGAAGCUUGCAGUGUGGUUAAACAUCAACUGUGUUUCUUCAUGUGUUUUUUUGGUAACUAUCCAACAGUCUGUUUUGUUCCAUGAAUGGUCUUUUGAGAGCUGACCCUAACUGUUCUUUGUUUUGGGUUUUUUUGUCGAUUGACGCAGAAAGUCACCUGCCACAGUCAAAUGAGAACCCUGAGCUGUUACAGAAUCUCGAACGCGCCUGUCAUGGGACCCCUAGGGCAGACAGGAGUGACUGUGUGAAACGCAUACAGGGGAGUAUAGUUCUUUGUGACCUCGGCCUGCUCUGGGCCUUUAGACUUAGUUUCCAUGGUUAUAGUUUCCUGUCCACAUCGGGCCAUCGCCUACAGGAAGUACAUGUUUCAAAGAACCACGGAUUGUGUUUUGUUUCUCUGUGAUUUAUUAAAAGAGAUCAAGUCGG